GGGGUCGCACGCACGCCCGCCUCGGCGGCUGGGCGCGGUUUGCGACAGUGGGGGGGGCGGCGGCGGCGGCGGCGGCGCCGGCUUUGCGGCAGGCCCCGGCCGGGCGUGCUUGACGGCGGUGUGGCGGAGGCCCCGCCCGAGGCGGCAGGAACCUGGAGGGAGGCGGAGGAAUAUGUCCGAGAGGGAAGUGUCGGCAGCGCCGGCGGGAACGGACAUGCCCGCGGCCAAGAAGCAGAAGUUGAGCAGCGACGAGAACAGCAACCCGGACCUCUCCGGAGACGAAAACGAUGAUGCUGUCAGUAUUGAGAGCGGCACAAACACCGAGCGCCCUGACACACCCACAAAUACACCUAAUGCCCCAGGAAGGAAAAGCUGGGGGAAGGGAAAAUGGAAGUCAAAGAAAUGCAAAUAUUCUUUCAAAUGUGUGAACAGCCUCAAGGAAGAUCAUAACCAGCCAUUGUUUGGAGUUCAGUUUAACUGGCACAGUAAAGAAGGAGAUCCUCUGGUGUUUGCAACUGUGGGAAGCAACCGAGUUACCUUAUAUGAAUGCCAUUCACAAGGGGAAAUCCGGCUAUUGCAGUCCUAUGUAGAUGCUGAUGCGGAUGAAAACUUUUACACUUGUGCGUGGACCUAUGAUAGCAACACCAGCCACCCUCUGCUCGCAGUUGCUGGGUCUAGAGGCAUAAUAAGGAUAAUUAACCCCAUAACAAUGCAGUGUAUAAAGCACUAUGUUGGCCAUGGAAAUGCCAUCAAUGAGCUGAAAUUCCACCCACGAGACCCAAACCUUCUCUUGUCCGUAAGUAAAGAUCAUGCUUUACGAUUAUGGAAUAUCCAAACGGAUACGCUUGUGGCCAUAUUUGGAGGUGUGGAAGGGCACAGAGAUGAAGUUCUGAGUGCUGAUUACGAUCUCUUGGGUGAAAAAAUAAUGUCCUGUGGUAUGGAUCACUCUCUUAAACUUUGGAGAAUCAACUCAAAGAGAAUGAUGAAUGCGAUUAAGGAGUCUUAUGACUAUAACCCAAAUAAAACUAACAGGCCAUUUAUUUCCCAGAAAAUCCACUUUCCUGACUUUUCUACCAGAGACAUACAUAGGAAUUAUGUUGAUUGUGUGCGAUGGUUAGGCGAUUUGAUACUUUCCAAGUCUUGUGAAAAUGCCAUUGUAUGCUGGAAACCUGGCAAAAUGGAGGAUGAUAUAGAUAAAAUUAAACCCAGUGAGUCUAAUGUGACUAUUCUUGGGCGAUUUGAUUACAGCCAAUGUGACAUUUGGUACAUGAGGUUUUCUAUGGAUUUCUGGCAAAAGAUGCUUGCAUUGGGCAAUCAGGUUGGCAAACUUUAUGUUUGGGAUUUAGAAGUAGAAGAUCCUCAUAAAGCCAAAUGUACAACACUUACUCAUCAUAAAUGUGGUGCUGCUAUUCGACAAACCAGUUUUAGCAGGGAUAGCAGCAUCCUCAUAGCUGUCUGUGAUGAUGCCAGCAUUUGGCGUUGGGAUCGACUUCGAUAAACUAUUUUUUCCUAGUAAAAAUUAGAGUAUGUUGUCUUUGUAAAAUAGAAUUAAUGUAUCUUGCUAGUAAGGGCACAUAGAGCAUUUAGACUUGUUUUCAGCAUUCAAUCAGGCUGAGCUGAAUGUAGUGAUGUUUACAUUGUUUACAUUCUUUGUACUGUCUUCCUGCUCAGACUUUACUGCUUUUAAUAAAAAUUUAUUUUUGUAAA